UUCAAAAAUGAAAACUUUACUUUUGAAAUGUAAGCGUUGGUAAAAUCGAUUUAUAGAAAAGUAUUAAAUAUAAAGAUUAGUUUCUUUGUCGAAGAUGGAAGAUAUUAUACGCGAGGAAAAACGAAAAGUAUUAAUAGUGGGUCUGGCUUGCUUAGACAUCGUGAAUACAGUCGAUAGCUAUCCUAAAGAAGAUGAAGACAUGCGAGCACUAUCACAGAAAUGGCAGAAAGGAGGAAACGCAGCGAAUACUGCUGUGAUUUUACGACAGACUUUGAAGGUCAACUGUGACGUAUUAUGCUCCUUUAACACAGACAUGGCAGGGAGAUUUGUGAGAGGGGAACUGGAAAGGAGAGGAAUUUCAACUGACAACUGUCCUUUGCAUGAAAACUGUGGUUUUCCCACUUCAUGUGUCGUUGUUAAUCAUGAGACAGGAUCAAGAACCAUCAUUCACAGCAGAAAUAAUUUACCAGAAUUAUCAUUUUCACAUUUUGAUGAACUUGAUUUGACUUUAUACACCUGGAUUCACUUUGAAGGAAGGCGAAAUGAACUCGAAAUCAAGAAAAUGAUUAAGAAAAUCAGGGACUUCAAUAGAACGCACAACAUUGAAAUCAAAAUUUCUGUUGAGCUGGAGAAGAAGCGUGAUGAAUUGAAAAUGCUUCUUACUAUAGCCAAUGUUGUCUUCAUUGGCAAAGAUUAUGCCCAAUUUUUAGGUUAUAGCUCUCCACAAGAAUGUGUGAACAAUUUGUCAAAGGAAGUAAAGUCUGGCACAAUACUUAUAUGUCCAUGGGGUGAACAAGGUGCUGUGGGAUACAUUUGUGAUGGAGAGCUGUAUUCAUCAACUGCAUAUCCUCCAGUGAAAGUUGUUGAUACAUUAGGUGCUGGAGAUACAUUUGUAGCAGGAGUUAUAUAUUGUAUGAAUCAAGGAAUGUGUCUUAAAGAUGCAUUGGAGUUUGGUUGUAAACUGGCAGGAAUGAAAUGUGGCAUUGAAGGAUUUGACUCGUUGACAGUACCUUUAUGACACGUGGAAGAUGUCAUCUUGAAUUUCCUUAAUCUUUGUAACGCCUUGAAUAAAGAUAAUUUCUUUGUAACAGCA